AUGGUGCGUCUUCUGCCGCUGCUUCUCGCUAUCGGGCUCGUUGGAGGCCAAGCACCUCCGACCAACAAAUGGGCAAUGACGGCAGUCACGUCGAUCCAGGCGCGCGUCGUCUCGGACGCGGCGACGUGGGACGCCGCCAAGAAGAAGUUUGGUCUCGUUCUCAAGCAGCACACCAACACGUUUGAGGAGCGGUACCGCGCGGCAAUGGACACUGUCAACACCGCGUCGGUUGAAGGCGCGCUCUACUACGUCCAAACCGAAGGCAUCAACCAAGCCGACUCGGUGCAGUGCAUGCGCAAGACCAACAUGAGCUACAUCUGGUUCCUCAACGUGACGAUUGUGCAGCCGACGUUUGCGAUCGCAGAGUACGCCGAGAACGCUGGCGUUGUGCCCGAGUACGGCAAGUUCAUUGCUAUGGACGGCGGCAUGUGCACGCCACUGGACGCGAAAGGCACGCUCUCGGACGAGUGCCAGAGUCUCUCGGGUCUCAACUACCACGCCAACGUCGGCCCGUUUAUCGGGGGCGAGGCACGCAAGGCGCACAAGUACGCUGCGUACGCGGACAAUUACUGGUUUUCGUUCCCCAACUCAUGCUUUACCCGUAAAUUCGACGCCAAGGAUGACGCGUGCCGCAAGUCGCAGCCCGGGGGUCUCUGUCCGCUGGGCGUAUCGCCCGAUGGCGUCCAGUGCACGUAUGCCUUUGACAUCCUUGGGUACAUCCGCCUCGACGACCUCGUCGGCAUCACGUCGCUCACGAAUAGCAAGACGGGGCGACGCUACGCGGACCGCGUCGAGUUUUGCAAGGAUGGAAAAGUCGAGUUUGAUUUCACCACGAUGGCGAGCGACCUCUCGUUUUGGAACAACCCGCUGGAUGAAAACGCCAAUGCCAAGCGCACGGCGCGCAUGCUUUCGCUCUACAACGCGCUCGUUCAAGCGCGCAAGGGCGAGUACGCAAACAUGAAGCCGCUUCCGUCCGCCGACGACCUCACCAAGAUCAACCCGCCAUGUUGGACGAACAGCCCGCUGUGCGCCAAGGCCACUCACGGCUGCCGCCGGAAGCUCACGACACAGAUAUGCGAAGUGUGUUCGUCGCCUGCGCCCGACUGUGUCAAGCCGACGGCCGCCGACAGCGUGCCACCGGCCCUCGCCAAGGCGGUGGCACCCCCGCUUCCGACCGACGCCUCGGGCAAGACGAUUGCCUCUCGAAAUCCAUCGGGCGCAGGUGGUACCGCUGGCACUGUCGUCAACAGCGCAUCACUUGUCGCUCUUGGUGCGUCCCUGGUUGCCGUCCUGAUGAUGUCGCUGGUCUAA